CCGCGCGCUCCGGCGGCUGGCAGCCUCGCUCUGGCUCGCGCCGCGCCCCCGCGCCGAGCUCGCGCGUCAGUCGGUCCCGAGAGCGGCUGCGGGGCGGUGAGCUGCAGCCAGCCGAGCGCGCCGACCUGAGGAGGCGGUGGUGUCCGCGGGCGUCGCGUGAGGAGGGUCGGAGCCCGGAGACUCGCGCAGCGCCAUGGCCCCCAUUGGCCUCAAAGCCGUGGUCGGGGAGAAGAUCAUGCAUGAUGUGAUAAAGAAGGUCAAGAAGAAGGGGGAGUGGAAGGUGUUGGUGGUGGAUCAGUUAAGCAUGAGGAUGCUCUCCUCCUGCUGCAAGAUGACAGACAUCAUGACCGAGGGCAUAACAAUUGUGGAAGAUAUCAACAAGCGCAGAGAACCACUCCCCAGCCUGGAGGCUGUGUAUCUCAUCACUCCAUCUGAGAAGUCUGUCCACUCUCUCAUCAGUGACUUUAAGGACCCACCAACUGCUAAAUAUCGGGCUGCACAUGUCUUCUUCACUGACUCUUGUCCAGAUGCCCUGUUUAAUGAGCUGGUAAAAUCCCGAGCAGCAAAAGUCAUCAAAACUCUGACAGAAAUCAACAUUGCAUUUCUCCCGUAUGAAUCCCAGGUGUAUUCCCUGGACUCUGCUGACUCUUUCCAAAGCUUCUACAGUCCCCACAAGGCUCAGAUGAAGAACCCCAUACUGGAGCGUCUAGCAGAGCAGAUUGCAACUCUGUGUGCCACCCUGAAGGAGUACCCUGCAGUGCGGUAUCGGGGGGAAUACAAGGACAAUGCCUUGCUGGCUCAGCUAAUUCAGGACAAGCUCGAUGCCUAUAAAGCUGAUGACCCAACAAUGGGGGAGGGCCCAGACAAGGCGCGCUCCCAGCUCCUGAUCCUGGACCGAGGCUUUGACCCCAGCUCCCCCGUGCUUCAUGAGUUGACUUUUCAGGCUAUGAGUUACGAUCUGCUGCCUAUUGAAAAUGAUGUAUACAAGUACGAGACAAGUGGCAUCGGAGAGGCACGGGUGAAGGAAGUCCUGCUGGACGAGGACGACGACCUGUGGAUAGCGCUGCGCCACAAGCACAUCGCGGAGGUGUCCCAGGAAGUCACUCGGUCUCUGAAAGAUUUUUCUUCUAGCAAGAGAAUGAAUACUGGAGAUAAGACCACCAUGCGGGACCUGUCCCAGAUGUUGAAGAAGAUGCCCCAGUACCAGAAAGAGCUCAGCAAGUACUCCACCCACCUGCACCUUGCUGAGGACUGCAUGAAGCAUUACCAAGGCACCGUAGACAAGCUCUGUCGUGUGGAGCAGGACCUGGCCAUGGGCACAGAUGCCGAGGGAGAGAAGAUUAAGGACCCCAUGCGAGCCAUCGUCCCCAUUCUGCUGGAUGCCAAUGUCAGCACUUAUGACAAAAUCCGCAUCAUCCUUCUCUACAUCUUUUUGAAGAAUGGCAUCACUGAGGAAAACCUGAACAAACUAAUCCAGCAUGCCCAGAUCCCCCCAGAGGACAGCGAGAUCAUCACCAACAUGGCUCACCUUGGUGUGCCCAUCGUCACAGAUUCCACGUUGCGUCGCCGGAGCAAGCCAGAAAGGAAGGAGCGCAUCAGUGAACAGACCUACCAGCUCUCACGGUGGACCCCAAUCAUUAAGGACAUCAUGGAGGACACAAUUGAGGACAAACUUGAUACCAAACACUACCCUUACAUCUCCACCCGCUCCUCUGCCUCUUUUAGCACGACUGCUGUCAGCGCCCGCUAUGGGCACUGGCAUAAGAAUAAGGCCCCAGGAGAGUACCGCAGUGGCCCCCGCCUCAUCAUUUUCAUCCUUGGGGGCGUGAGCCUGAAUGAGAUGCGCUGUGCUUACGAGGUGACCCAAGCAAACGGAAAGUGGGAGGUGCUAAUAGGUUCUACUCAUAUUCUUACUCCCACCAAAUUUCUCAUGGACCUGAGACACCCCGACUUCAGGGAGUCCUCUAGGGUAUCUUUUGAGGAUCAGGCUCCAACAAUGGAGUGAGAGCCAAAGAAACAAAGAUCCACGCACAUUCUCACCCCACAGAAACUGCUGGACACACUGAAGAAACUGAAUAAAACAGAUGAAGAAAUAAGCAGUUAAAAAAUAAGCCGCCCCUCCAAACACGCCCCUCUCCCCCGCAGUGCUCUGCAGCUCCCUACUGUGCCCCUUGGUUACUUUGCUGACUUUCUAUCUGUUGCCUCCCCAGCCCUGCACGUCCUGGCUGGCACUGUCGCCACUGCGUUCUCCUGUUUAAUGAUGCCCUCUUCUAGUUUGAAACAAAAGAAAAUAAUGCAUUGUGUUUUUUAAAAAGAGUAUCUUAUAUAUAUAUCCUAAAAGGAGAGGUUCAUGUGCAAAUGAUGCACUGCAGGAGAAGUUUUUGAACUGUUUAGAAUGAAUGGACACCUUCUCCCCAGUAUUUAUGAUUCUGUAACCUUGUACAUAAACCCUAUGCGACGUGCAAAUUGCUUGAGUAUGGAAAGGUAGAAGUUUGAGUGUUUUUAAAAACUGGUUUUGGAUUGUUCCUGUUCUCAUUGGGAAUCGUAGAGAUGUCUGUGUUCCUAGAGUAUUUCACACUGAGGAUUGAUCUGUUGUCUUCACUCCAGUCCUACCCCUCCGUAUCUGCUCCCAUCCAGACCAGCCAGAAGUGACCAUCAGGGGACACCUCGUGAGAGUUAAAGAACAGGCCUCUUCACUUUUCCCAGAGGCAUGUCCCUGCUGGGCAUGCCCCUGGUAGUACAGCUGUGUUUGGGGCCUGGGGUGUCCUCAUGAAGCCAGGCUGGCAUCCCCUCCUUCACGGCAUGUCCCUGCUCCCUCCGUGGCGUGUGUCCACAGUAUUGGUAUCCCAAGGGAAGUCCGUCUCCAGUCAGCAUCAUGGUGCCCAGACAAGUAAAAAGCAAACUCCCACCGGAGACCGUUGCCUCUUCUGGAGAAGCAGUUAGACCUGAUUAUCUUGACCAGAGCCCUCCUCCCCCAGGUGUCACCCCUAACAGCUCAGUUUCCUCAGUAGGGUCAACCUUAGUUCAAGCAUCAGGAACGAACUAGAACAGAUGGGUCUGGAGGCCCCUGGUUAGAGGGCCCUUGGCUGUGGAGGAGGUUCUUAGCCUGAAGAACAGCCUGUUGGAUUUAUGCAGACCCUGUGCCUACUCCGCAAGCAACUUUUGUCAAGUUAUCCUCAGUUUAAGAUACUUCAUAAUAGUUUAUUUUGUGUAGUGUGGGGUCAUAUGUCAUUGUGCUUGUAAGAGAAAAUGAUUAUUUUAUUCUCUGUAUAAAAACUUAGCUGUAUAAAAACUUAGCUCUAAUGCAAAAAUUAAAGAAACAAAUGCAAGAAGGAUGUCUCAUCCUCAAGACUCAGCAGUUCUCGUCUCCAGUGGUGAGCACACCAUUUGUUCUGCUGCUGUUGUCUCGAAAUAUAAUGACAGUGGAAGUCACAAAAAUGUCCCCUGCCCAGCCCCUUGCCGCCCUCGGCCUCCCGCAGCCUGUGUGUAUAUUACCCGUCUCGUGCCGUGUUGCAACCGUGGUGUAUGCUAGCUCCGCGCCUUCCUCGGUCUGUUCCCCGCUCUCCCGUUAGAUGCAUCGUGGUGUUCUCUUCCCAAGGCUUUGAGAUCUCCCCUUUGCACUCAGAUGAGUUUUCAGGUCUCUCCCCUCUGUCUCCCUCCCUCCUAAGAUAUCUUAUUUCCGUAGAACAGAACUGUAGACGCUUGCGUUGGUUUGUUUCUUUCUCCUUCUGCUCGUUUGUCCCCUCCUCGGACCAAACAGUGCUCGUGCUUCGGGACCUUGUUUGUCCAACAAGUUGUUUUCCCUUUCUCUGUUAUUUAUAUAAAAAUAAUUUAUCAAAAGGAUAUUUUAAAAAAGCUAGUCUGUCUUGAAACUUGUUUACCUUGAAAUUAUCAGAAUCUCAAUGUUUGAAAGUAUUGAAGCACAAACAUGUAUCAUCUCUGUACCGUUCUGUACUAAAGCACUUGAGUCUAAUAAAUAAAGAAAUUAGAAGUCAGUGUCCCUUCACGAUGUCCA